GAUGCGCCGACGAGAGAGUGGCCGUGCUUGUCAGGCCUCUCCGACUUGUGACGAGCCGCGACGAGACUAAGUGAAUGACUGCAGCAUGAUUGCAACGCUCACGGAGAACUGGUGAAUUGUCGACAUGAUUCGGAUUCUUGUUGCACCGCCCGACGUGCGACGUGCCCUGGGCAACAUCGCCCGGUGGCAGGUCCAGCAGGCGUCUUCACUGCGAAAGGCAACCUUGGAAGAAGCAAAUAUACGUAAUAAUAAUGCAGCCCUCGCCAAUCAUAAUAUUCGACAGCUAAAAGCCAGGGCCAUACUACUUUAUGUACUGUGUACAUGGCCAUGGCCUUCACCAUCUCCGGUUCACCAUCGCGUUUCAAUCUUGCAGGUCGCUGCAACAACAGAAAAGCUCCGAGCCGCCCGCCAUCAAGGUCUUUCUAUAACUAUUAUUAAUCUCGUCAUCUCGCACGCUCCCGGGCUGCGCCACAGCCUCUCCUCUCCUCUCCCAAGCGCCAAACCUGCCGUCAUCCUGGCCAAAAAGGACCCGCCCCAACCUCUGCCCGGCCUACCGAAUAAUAAUAAUUCCCACGACUUUGCAAGCUUCAACCCUCCCCCUUCAUUAUUUACCCUGAUAGCGAACCGCUUCCCCUGCAGUCUCUGCCAACUUCCAGUCCUUCCUCCACCAAGUCGGUCGCUACCUGGUCCUGCCUCCCCUCUCCGCCUACACUGUCGCUGACCUCCGACCUUCCCCAACGCCAUCCAGCCCUUCACCAACCCCAACUUCACUCGGCCCCUCGCCCCCCUCUCGCACCCAUUGACGUCCGCCGAGUCCUCCUCCCACGUCUCCCCCAUCCUCCUCUUACCCGCCUCCUCCAAAUUUGCC